AACAGAGUAGCAGCAGCAGCAGCAGCAGAAGGGGCUUCUUCCUCCUCCUCAUCUUCAUCUUUUUUUUGGGAGACCCUUACCCCGUUUUUCUUAUAGAAUAUUUCUUUCCAACUUCAGCUACAGUGAUAGCUAAGUUUGGAGGGGAGAAACGGGGAGAAACGUCGUUUUUUUGUUGUUUUUUUGUGUCGGUCUAAGCAGGUUUUUUUUCUGACUCGACCCCCACUCAUAUUUUUUUUUUAACGUACAUUACAAAAGACUAGACAGCAGCGUUAAAGCAAGCAAGCAGAAAUAUUCUAGUUAUUUGUGCAUUUUUACUGGACAGCUUUUUAAAAAUGGAUAACACUGGAGCUAAGAAGACAUGCUUUGAAUCCAUCCGAGAUUUCUUCACAUCGGCGAAAUUCCUUAUUUAUAUGGGACAUGCACUGUCAACAUGGGGUGACCGAAUGUGGAACUUUGCUGUCGCUGUUUUCUUGGUGGAGCUGUAUGGAAACAGCUUGUUGCUCACGGCCGUGUACGGACUGGUGGUGGCGGGCUCCGUGCUGCUGCUGGGGGCAAUCAUCGGUGACUGGGUGGACAGAAACCCCAGACUUAAAGUGGCCCAGACUUCCCUGCUCGUCCAGAACAGUUGUGUCAUCGUGUGCGGGAUCCUCCUGAUGGUUGUUUUCCAUUUCAAAGAACAGCUUGUGGAGCUUUACAAUGGAUGGGUUCUGACCACCUGCUACAUUCUGGUGAUCACCGUCGCCAACAUCGCCAACCUGGCCAGCACAGCGACCUCCAUCACCAUCCAGAGGGACUGGGUGGUGGUCGUUGCCGGCCAGGACAGCAGCAGGUUGGCAGACAUGAACGCCACAGUUCGGAUUAUCGACCAGCUGACCAACAUCCUGGCUCCCAUGCUGGUGGGUCAGAUCAUGGCUUUCGGCUCCCAUUUCGUCGGCUGCGGCUUCAUCUCCGGCUGGAACCUGUGCUCCAUGUGCGUGGAGUACGCGCUGCUGUGGAAGGUCUACCAGAAGACGCCGGCGUUGGCCGUGAAAGCCGGACAAAAGGAGCAGCAGCAGCAGGAGCUCAAACAGCUCAGCCACCCGAAAGAGGUGGAGAGCGGUCAGAGUCCCGAGGAUUCGUCUCAGCCUCUGAUGAAUGAAGCCGCAGUGGUUGCCAAGUCCGACUCCCCCAAACAGCAGGGUUGUUGCUACCAGAUAUCUGAACCUCUCCGCACCUUGAAGGCCGGCUGGGUCGCCUACUACAACCAGAACAUCUUCUUCGCCGGCUUGUCCCUGGCCUUCCUCUACAUGACAGUGCUGGGCUUCGACUGCAUCACCACGGGCUACGCCUACACGCAGGGUCUCAACGGCUCCGUCCUCAGCCUGCUGAUGGGCGCCUCGGCUAUUUCGGGCAUCUGCGGCACCGUCGCCUUCACGUGGGUCCGCAAGAAGUGCGGCCUCAUCCGCACCGGCUUCAUCUCAGGCAUCGCCCAGCUCUCCUGCCUCGUCCUGUGCGUCGUGUCCGUCUUCGCUCCCGGAAGCCCCUUCGACCUCAGUGUGUCGCCCUUCCAGGACCUUUACACCCACCUGAUCGGGGAGACGACGCUGCCCGAGGCCGACCACAGCCUCACCAGUAUUCUCACCGGAGGCAACAUCACUACUCCAACAACCCCCUCCCCGGCUGAAGAGCUGCCACCCCUGCAGUCCUACAUGUCUGUUAGUCUGCUGUUUGCUGGCGUCAUUGCUGCUAGAAUUGGUCUGUGGUCUUUUGAUCUCACGGUGACUCAGCUGAUCCAGGAGAAUGUGAUCGAGUCGGAGCGAGGUGUGAUCAACGGCGUCCAGAACUCCAUGAAUUACCUCUUAGACCUGCUGCACUUCAUCAUGGUGAUUCUGGCUCCUAACCCGGAGGCUUUCGGCCUGCUGGUCAUCAUCUCCGUCUCCUUCGUGGCCAUGGGUCACAUGAUGUACUUUCGGUUUGCCUUCAAGAGCCUGGGCGCCCGACUCUUCCUCUGCUUCUCCCCGGAGCAGAAGGUGGAGGCGGAAGAAUGCCCCUCACUUCCUACCACCGUCUAACCCCAUUAAAGAGACUCUGUCCUGGGUACAUAUAUAUUUCUCAAGCCUCCCCCCCUUCCCACUGCAUCUUAUUUAUCUAACUGCUUGUAGGUAGACUGCUAAUGCUAACAUUAAACCCAUGAGAAAGGUAACUUAACAAGCUAUGCAGAGCUAUUAACAGAAGCAUUAAUCAGCAGCAGCAGGACAGGAGGAGGUGAGUAGAAAGCUUACAGUCAUAGGUAACGAAUCCAAAAAGAAAAAAACAGGGUUUCUCUAACUUUUCUCAGUCUGGGAGUGAAAGAUAGGAGCUUAAUUCAUGCAUCAGGCUCCUCAUUACAUUCGCAUGUACUGUCAAAUGAUGAUCCAUCACUUCUAGGCUCGGCUCGUGACCCUAAUUUACGAGUCCUGUUAAAGAAAUCAAGGGAUAAAGUUACUGUAAGAUAUUCUACUCCUUUAACUUAACCUGGAUGUAGCUGAGAUUUGUUUAAAAAAAAGGUGCUUCAGCUAACAGAAGGGUAAAAAUAACAACAACAAAACAAACGAGGGAGAACAUUAGCAGGGAGGGCGGACGCUGAGGCUUGAAUUCAGACUUUGAGGGACGACUGUCAGAGAUCCUAAAAGACAGAACAUCGCUCCCGUUCUUUUUUUGCCUCACUCAGCGACGUCACUGGUGCUGUAGCUGCGUCCGCUAGCUGUUCUCUCGAUCGCCUCGCGUCAGCGUACAUCUAACACGUGUAUGACGAGCAGGUCGUUGGUAUCUUCCUCCUCUAGAUGGUGGGUGUGUGUAGCGGGCGGAAGAUGCUUUUUAACAUUUUUUUAUUUUUAUUUAACCAAACACAAACUGGGAUCUAGUCUCUUUAAUAUAUGCUUAUAAGGGUUUUGCAGUUUGCUGUAUGCUAUUCAGGAACAUGCAGACGGUGGUUUUUUAUAUAAUAAUAAUUGCAUCAUCAGUAUUGUGUUGCGCCACGCUCGAGGUUGAGGUUGCGCAACGCUAAAGGAAGAAUGAGAAAAAAAUCAUAUGCACCCUUUGUCAAUAGCUCUCUCUCUCAUUUACCAAAGUCAAGCUCCAAUAUGUGGCAUAAAAAAGGAAGUGAGGGAAACCAAUUUUCUGUCUGUCUGAAGCAUUCCAAAUAUAUAUUUUAUACAUCAGGUGAUAAGUAGUUGUGUACUGUAGGUUCACUAAUGCUUCCAUACGCCCCCUAAUAUAUCUGAAUAUUUCUAACCCGCUCUGAGAUUGUACUUAAAUUUUUGUUUUUUUGUCUAGUUUACAUCAAUAACGUCCUUUUUUUCUUUUCUUGUCGCCUUUUUUUUUUUUUUGGUGAUUUUUUUAAUGUUUGAGGUUGAUUUCUUUUUCUUUUUUCAAUCGUUGAUUGUUGUUACACAGGCACUUUAAGUGAUUGACAUCUGUCAUUACAUCUAAUGCAUGAUCAGGCCUUUGAUCAAUAUUUUUGCACAAGUCCUGACUCCUCUCUAAACCCCCCCCUUCUGCCCCUCCUGCCCCGUCCUCGCCCCCCACUGCACAAUCUUUAAAUCACUUGUAGGGUGUUCAGACACUGUCGAAUAGGGGAGGGAAGGGUUAGGGUUAUGGUUCAAAAAGGCACAUAUUGUAACGCUCUAACGCCACAUGUUCAUGAGUGAACACUGCAAAUCUUGAGUAAACCCCCAAAAGUUUACCUCAGAUGCCCCCCCCACCCCUUCAUUCCCUCCAGAAGCCAGCCAGGGAGCUUAGUCAGCAACUUUUAUCUGAUCUCAGUUUACCGCUUCAGGCUGCCAACAGACUCCACACUGAGUCAGGGUUUUUAUUCUGACUGCUGUAAGCUUCAGCAGAGGUGGAAACAUUUUUUCAAGUUCGAUUUGACUUAUUUGGCUUUACACUACAAGUCUAGAAAUGUGCUUUCUACUACAUGAAAGUUGUUUUUUGUUUUUGGGAAGGUUUGGGAUUUAGUUUGUGAUUUUCCAUAUUUUUCAUUAUUAACUAAUCUUAUUUAACUUGAAGCAUCUGAGAAGUCGUACAUUGAAAUUGUUCAGAUUUGAAGAACCGUCUGUCUGUCACGGUUUUUCCUUUCCUUACGAGGCAUCUGGAUUCUUGAGAUUUUGCGAGAAUCCUCAUAGCACGCCGAUAGCGGUGUUUCGGACACAAACCUAUAACUUCGGAUCCAGAAUCCAGCUGCCAUAAUAAGAUAAAACCUCUUUAUAGGACACCGAUUAGUCUGAAUAACUAGAAGAACUUCAAAUCCAGAAUCCAGUGGCCUCAAAAGUUAAAAUCUCAAAUUUGGAGCCAAACCAACAAUGGAUUGAUUCUAUUUACUGUAUCGUGUGUGUAUCGAAAGUCUAAUAUAUCUUCUUCCUUUGUGCUGUAGACCUCCGUUGUCGUCCAAAAACUAUU